AUGACGAUCACCUUACAAGAUGUGGCAGGCAUCUUGGGCUUGCCGACCGACGGUACUGUCGUCAUCGGAUCGACCUCUGAGGAUUGGCACGCUGCUUGUGCUGGUGUUUUUGGACAUGUUCCAGAGGCCGGUGAGUUCCAUCAUUCUGGCGACCUCUGCAUCUCAUUCUUGGAUCGACAUUAUACCCGGUGGACUGAUCAUGAAGGGAAUCAUGCUGCCGAGAUCUACUUCACAAAAGCUCACAUUGCGCGGAUGUUGGGGACUUGGUUGCUGGCGGACAAGUCUGGAGGUAGCAAUUUUGGUUGUCGGCUUGUCCCGUUGCUAGGUGGAGGAUUUGAGGACAUUGGCCGAUUCAGCUGGGGAUCUGCAGUUUUGACACACUUGUUUGUGUGA